UUUUUAUACGACAUCGGAAGAGGUAAGAGGCGUCGCUGUGCGUGCUCCUCACAGAAACGGGGACACUGUUGCAGUGAAGAACUCUGCGUUUUCGCUUGUUUUAGCACUUUUUGUGCUUCGAAGGUAGCUGAACGAAGAUAUUUGCCUCGUUCGGUGGUAACAGUGCAAAGUGGCGUAGAGAGUUCGUUGCCUUGCUACCUACCACCAUCAGCCGUCUAACGCGUCGUCGUCGUCACCAUUGGCAACAACGCGUUAUUUAUUUCAUCAUCUUUGUGUGUUGAUUUUGGUUUCUUUCUUUCUUUUUUCUCUGCGAUUAUUUACAGUGCUCAGCGUCGGCACCAAACGACGGACGAGAAAGAGAGAGAGUGUAUGUGUGUGUAUGUGUGCGGAAAUAGCUGUUUGAUGCGUGUCACGAGGGGCACGCUGUGAUCUAUUGUGUGUUAGAGGGUAGCGUACCUUCGCCGUAAAGCGUACCCCCAUUCCAUUCCCUUCGCUUGCCCAGCGCGAAGAACUUUCCACCAGUGCGUGCGCGUGGCUGUGUCUGUGUGUGUGCGUGUGUCUGUGUGUGUGCUGCGUGGUGUUUGCAAAGCGUAAGCGUCGCGUCGUUGUCGUCGUCGUUUACGCUGAUUUCGCGUAUUUGCUGAUUGCGGACGAGAAAGUGUGGCUGGCUGGGGCGCUGUGUGGUGUUUCGGAUUUGAUUCACAUUUUGUAAACUAAACGCGUGUGUAAAACAGCAGCACCAUGUUUGAUGUGUUCGGAUCCGUGAAGGGUCUGCUGAAGCUAGACCAGGUGUGCAUCGACAACAACAUCUUCCGGCUGCACUACAAAGCGACCGUGAUCAUACUGAUCGCGUUCUCGCUGCUGGUCACCUCGCGGCAGUACAUCGGCGAUCCGAUCGACUGCAUCGUGGACGAGAUCCCGCUGAACGUGAUGGACACGUACUGCUGGAUCUACUCGACGUUCACCAUCCCGAACCGUCUGACGGGCAUCGCCGGGAAGGACAUCGUGCAGCCGGGUGUGGCCAGCCACGUCGACGGGCACGACGAGGUGAAGUACCACAAGUACUACCAGUGGGUCUGCUUCGUGCUGUUCUUCCAGGCGAUGCUGUUCUACGUGCCCCGCUACCUGUGGAAGACGUGGGAGGGCGGCCGCAUCAAGAUGCUGGUGCUCGACCUCAACAUGCCGAUCAUGAACGAGGAGGCGAAGGAGCGCAAGAAGAUCCUGGUCGACUACUUCGCGGACAACAUCAAGGGGCACAACUUUUACGCGAUGCGGUUCUUCUUCUGCGAGGUGCUGAACUUUGUCAACGUGCUCGGCCAGAUCUACUUUAUGGACUUUUUCCUCGACGGCGAGUUCUCCACGUACGGUAGCGAUGUGGUGCGCUUCACCGAGAUGGAGCCGGAGGAGCGCGGCGACCCGAUGGCGCGCGUCUUCCCCAAGGUGACCAAGUGCACCUUCCACAAGUACGGUCCGUCCGGCAGUGUGCAGAAGUUCGACGGUCUGUGCGUGCUGCCGCUCAACAUCGUGAACGAGAAGAUCUACGUGUUCCUGUGGUUCUGGUUCAUCCUGCUCACCAUCCUGACUGGCAUCUCGCUGAUGUACCGCUUUGCGGUGAUUAUGCUGCCGAGACUGCGGCUGCUGAUGCUGCGCGCCCGCUCCCGGCUGUCGGCGCACGACGAGGUGGAGCUGAUCGCUUCCCGGUGCCAGAUGGGCGAUUGGUUCAUUCUGUACCAGCUCGGCAAGAACAUCGAUCCGCUGAUCUACAAGGAGAUUAUCUGCGAUCUCGCCCAAAAGGUGGAGGGCAAGGAGAUUGUCUAAGCGCAGGCGGACGAAACCUUCCGGAAGAAGCCUCCGGUACUGGAUGAUCGUGAAUCAUCUACACAAAAAAAAACCAGGCUUCUUUUGGGUAGAGAUUCAAAGCUUCCUUUCCUCCCCUUGCUAAAACUUCCUUUUCCCUUUUCCCUCUCCACCACCACCACGCUGCACGUGCUAGCGCCUCUCCCCACCACGGCAACGACCCACGGUUUGUGAGGUAGAAUAAAGGAGAGGAGCGAAAAAAUGCCGAAUGAAUCAUUGAACUUAAGCCUGCUCUGCAGCGUAUAUCUGCAUCAUCGUCAUACUAGCCCCAUCCGGGAAGGUAACCGAGAACAUCAUCAAGCACCACCACCAACAGCAACAGCAACAACAACAACGCAAGAGUCUCAACAAGAAGGCACCACACUCUCUGGGUACAAUUUCGCGAGGAUGAAAAGAUGUGUCGAAGAUAUUCACCCCCGCGCGCGCCCAGGUUCCUUCGUAACCAGCAACGGACGUCUCGGCAACGAACACAUCGCCGCAUCCCUCAACACCAGCACAACGGAGCGGAAAGACGGAGACGGAGAAGAGCAUGAGAAGAAGGAGAAGGAAGAACCACGUACAAGAACCUCACGCACGCUACAUCUUCUGCCGUUUUGUCCGUUCCAUCGUCUUUCUCGAUCUCUUCGACCCCGCUGCCCGACGCUACCGCCAGUGCCAGGAUAGAGCUCAGAAUUCAGAUUAUCUAUCCGACGCAGAAACGCAUUCAAACGCAACUCUACAAACAGAGUCAGGUGCUUCCUAUUCCCGGAAUGCACUUCAACCCAGAGCGAGAGACUCAGCGUCGUCCGAUAGUGCAGGAUUAAUGGCUUGACUGUCGUCUCGAUGGAACCGGAAUCGUUCGAUGUUCAUCAUCCGUCUUUGAAUGCAAGAAGCGAUGUUUGCCUGCGGAAAGGAUAUAGUAACGGUUUUCUGUUUUGUCUUGUUUUAGUGUGCCGCUGAAAUAGACAAAGUAGAGGAGGGCUGUUAAUCCUGCAUACGAACACAAGCGAAUGAUGAUAAUUUUUGCAUAGAUUUACACCAGAAGAAGCAUGAGCCCAGGGCAGUAGAAGAGAUAGAGAGAAGCGUCCGAAGACAAUCGUUAAAAAACUCGAAUCCUAAAAAGAAGCAAAGUAGUAACAGACACGCAAAGUCAAGAUAACGAAAGGUUCCGAAGCUUCGAAGACAAUAAGUGAGUGCCGCAGCCAAUUAUGUGAGAACAGAUAACUCGCCCAAGGUAAAAGCCAUUUUUUUACGCAAGUACGAUUACAGUGCGCUGUAUGAAAAGAAGAAGAAAAAAAAGAAACACAUUCCUAGAAACAGAAACCGCAAUAUAGAUAGACUGCUGGUAACGAUGAUGAUGAUAGAACUUCUGUUUGCCUAAUGAACGAUCUUCAUAAUUCGAUUUCGAUGAUUCUUUUUUUGAUAGAUUUUUUACUACAAUUUUACAACACACAAUACCCCCCCGCAUACAUACAUUUAGAUUGACGCUCUAGGCUUUUCCCGAUAGGUCUACUUUUUAGUGUGUAAGUAAAAACGCGAUGAUGAUAAAUAGUACAGGGUAGCGAAUCGAGAGAGAGAGAGAGAGCGGCAGUUCUUUUUUAAAGCAAAACAAUAAGAGGCAAUACAAUAGGGGCACAAUAUGCAUAGAGACACACUCGUUAGUGGUAGGUUUUAGCACGCAAAACACAAACACAAGACAAACGCAAUCUCUAGCACCAUGCGUGAAAUCGUAUUGAUGCGAUUUUCGAUUUCCGAUUUUGGUACGUACUCGGCUUUACACAAAAGCAAGUGUAGAAGCAAGCAAACAAUGUGUAGGUGUGUCUAUUUGUGUGCAUGUAGCCGGCAUAAUUUUUGGUUUGCUCCUACGAUGUCGUGAUGCCAUAGGGAAGCAGGAUGUCAAAAUUUCCGUUUAAAUCCGCCGACUCGACGACGGCGGCAACAGUGACGAUCACGAUGGGUCCCUUUGUGACAGUGUUAAACGCCAUUUUAAAAUGCAUUGAAUAAUAUUGUAAGGUGCGUGUGUAGGAUAAUGAAAACGCGUGUUCUUUUAACCGUGCAUGAUCGUCAUGGAAUUGUAUGGUGUGUUUUUCUCUUUUUUUUUAAUACAGUGUGACUUUUAACACGAUCCUACACUCGAAUUGAUCGCAACCGAUCGAUGUUUGGCGAGAUUGAUUCAUUGAGUGUGGAUCUUUUAUUUAUAUGUCGUACACGUGUAUUUGAGUUGAGCUGUAUGCACUGCGUACUACUACUACUAAACUACUACUACUGCUACACGCGUAUACGAGCAAAGUGUGCCCGAUUUUGGCCCGAAAUAUUUGAUAGGAGAAAGAGAGAGAGAGGAAGCACUGCCAAAUGGUUGUGCUUGCCACGAAACAAAAGAAAAAGACAUCCUAAAACGUAAAUUCAGCAUUUAUUACACUAUCGAAUUCUAAAUUUUUACGUUCUGAGUACCAGUAACAAGCCAAGAACGUUCUUUGGUAUGAUCAUAGUUUUUGUGCGACAGAGAAGGACAGAGAGAGAGAAGCUAUUUCGAGGAGCUAAAUUGAUAAGAACGCGUGACGAGAAAGAGAGCGAGAAAAAGAAGUGCGAGAUAAUAGAGAGUUUCUUGUGAUAAACGUAUAAAUUAUAGAAUGUAAUAGGGCAGGAAGUGUUUUCCUGCCAAUUCCCCCUUCUUCCUGCUGAAAAUUUUCUCCCCUUCUUUCUGGAAAACCACGCUACGCUAUUCCACUUAUUCUUAACGAGCGAAGGAAGGAUUGACGAUGUGAAAGCGCUUUCCUUUCAUAUCAUACUAGUGCGGUGCGUCCAAAAUCGUUUAGUAGUGUGCUACAAACGGGGAAAACAAAACUCGAUUAGCGUAUAUAGUAUAAUAUUGUAACAAUUUUCGGCAAACGUGUGACAAAUGUAAUCGGUAAAAUAUUGCUGCACCCCCCCGGGCGCAGCAAACAAUCCUUCCAAUUCCAGUCAAUCGACUAUCCGAGUCUAUCCAAGGGAAGUUACAUGCGUGCAGCUGAUUACGGACGAUCCAGGGCCCAAUCGUGCCGUUCGCUGCAAUCUGCUUUCAUCAUUCCAGUAGGCACUCUCAGAGAAAUAGAGAGAGAGAGAGAGGACGCACCGUGUAGAACAGAAGCACAACAUUGAUUUUUUUUAAACAUUCAACGAUAUUAACUCUCGUAUAUCCUUAUACACACCGAGCGUACAGAGUGUUGUAGAGAAGAUUAGAUGAAAGACAACAUACACACAUAAUAUAUAUGGUAAUACACAGAACGAUGCCAUCAUCUUGUCUCCCCUCAUCUCGCGAGUAGUGUUAGUAGGGCGCUUUUAAAUGCUAGGCACACAUAUUUUACAAAACAGCGCAAAAGGUCUAGCUAUUUUUGAUAAUCAUAUUUUACUGAAAAACUGUAUUUUGAACGAGAGAACCAUUUUAUACACUAAAACGUAGUAGAAGUCUUGUGUGCACACACGAUGUACACACACACACACCCGCCCCACAGAGAGCACAAACGAACGCAUUUUAUAGUAAUAUUUAAACGACAGCCAGAACACACAAGACAAUCAUUGUAAGAUAAAGGCAAAAACAAAACAAACAGCGCAAAGUUGGAGACGCACGAGACGACGGGAUGAUGAUGACGGUCGCUGUGUAGUUGCGUGCAGCACAAGCGUGAAAUUACGGUAAAACAACGCGGGCCAACACACACACACACAGGCUCGUUCUACUCUUCUCUAUCAGUGCCUUUGGAUUUUGGAGAUAGUGGUUUUUUUUGCUUAAAUAAAACUCUCACGUAUGCUAUUGCAAAAAGAA